UGUUGUUUCCUCUUUUCAGGUGUUCACACGUGGCAGCUGAUGUAUGGCUGUGAGCUCAGUGAUGAUGGGAGCACUCGAGGAUACAGGCAGUAUGGCUAUGAUGGAGGUGACUUUGUCAGUUUUGAUAAAAGCACCCUCACCUAUACUGCUGCCAAUCCUGAAGCUGUCAUUACCAAACACAAGUGGGAAGCUGAUAGAGCAUAUGGAGAACAGUGGAAAGGAUAUCUGGAAAACACAUGCAUUGAGUGGUUAAAGAAGUAUGUGGGUUACGGCAAGGACACUCUGGAGAGAAAAGUCUCUCCUCAGGUUUCUCUGUUGCAGAAGGAUCCCUCAUCUCCAGUCACAUGUCAUGCUACAGGUUUUUACCCCAGUGGAGUAAAAAUCUCCUGGCAGAAAAACGGACAAGACCAUGAUGAGGAUGUGGAUCUGGGUGAACUUCUUCCCAACGAGGACGGGACCUUUCAGAGGACGAGCACCAUCAGUGUUAAACCUGAUGAGUGGAAGCAGAACCAGUUCAGAUGUGUGGUCGAGCACCAGGGCAAAACCAUCAGAAAAACAGAGGAUGAGAUCAUCACUAACUUUGAUUCUGUUCCUAUUGGCAUCAUUGUUGGCGCUGUUGCUGCUGUCAUCCUGUUGGUGGUCAUUGGUGUUGCUGGGUAUUUGGUGUAUCAGAAAAAGAAAGGCUUUAAACCUGUCAGUGCCUCUGAUGAUGGUUCAAACAGCUCAGCUCAUUCAUAAAGAUGUGACCAGACAUGUGGGAGAGAUGAAGUUGAAAAAAUGAUGCUUAUACUGCUGUUCAUCUUGCUUCCAAAACAUCACAUGAACACACUCACUCACACACGUUUGCACACACACACACACACACACACAAGAUCAAAAAUUUCUGCAGUGGGAUUUAUCUGUCCUAUGGUUCAACUUUAAUUGCAUCUAAAAAGUCAAUGUCUGUUAAUUUUUUGGUUUUCAUUUUAUGAACCUUGGUAAAAUUGAAUUUAUUGAUUUAAAAAUUAAUUUAAGAUUUAUGAAAGAUUGAUUUGUCAGUUUUUGAUAUCAGUACUGAUUAUGAAAAAAGAAAUCAGUAAAGUAAUUAGAAACCUGAGGGUUUUACAGUUAAGUGUAACUACCUGGGUACAACAGCCUCUGUCAAUCUAAGAAGAUCAAUCACUUUUUUUCUAGAGACCAUUUCUCUGGGAGAUAGAAUGUAAACUAAAAUUGGGAAAGGAUUCUAGUUAGGAUUCUGGUAAAUAAUUGAAAACUAUCAAGUUGUUUAAUUAAUUGAAUAUGUAAUUACCUUUAAAAUAUAACAUUUUUAAAAAUGGCCUAGACUGGGUGAUUUGUGGAAUUGGUCUUUUGCACAUAAAUUAAACUAUCAAUAUGUAGGCUUCAUAUUUUAUUCCUUGUAUGGGCUUUAAGGAUUUUUUUCUGUUUUUUAUUAUUUCUUUUUUUAAGUGAUUUAGAUGAUAAGCUGCACUGUUCUUGAUCCUAAUUCUUCUUAAAUAAUAAUAUUAAAGAUAAUGCACUAUUAAACAGUACAGUAAAAUAUACACAUUUUCCUUUAUUUGGGGUUACUAAAUUUAAAUCAGGUUACAUUUUGUAUAUUGGCUGCCUUCAAAAGGUUGUAAUGUUAUUCUGAUUCUUUAAAAAUAAAGAAACCUCACAAAAAGGA